GGCAGGGGUGGGGUGUGUUGGGUAAAUGGGGUUCAGAAUUUGGUGUAACAGACCUAGGUUUGAACAGAGCUCUGUUGCUGGGUGGCGGUGAGAUCUCCCCCCCAGGUCCUCUGGGACCCUUGGCCUCCUCCUGUCCGCCAGCAGCGGUGGUGCGAGGCUUCGACCUGUGGCCCUGAGCCCUGGAAGCCCGGAGGCCGGUAUGGGCGCCGCGCCGACGCCCCCUGCCGGCCGGCCGGGCUCCCCGCGCUCGCUGGCCCGCGCCCAACGCUCCGCUCGUGGGACGCCCGCGGCCGGAUGCCCUGCAUCCGCACCCUCUUUGGCCUCCUGGCGGCCCUGGCGUCCUGUGGCGCCGUCGCCUUCCUGGGCUACUGCGUUUACUUCGACUGGAAGCGGCGUGGCGACCCCGCCUUCAAGCGCCGCCUGCGGGACAAAAGAAGAGCCCAGCCCCCAAAGGCUGAUGGACCCGGCGCCCAGCAGUGGGAUCCAGCAAGGAAUGAAAAGUUGCAGGAACUUUUUCUGCACGAAGUACAAGUGGGAGAGCUUUGGCUAUCUAGAGGAGAGCACAGAAUGGGGGUUGAACAUCUCAGCAAUGCCCUUUCAAUGUGUGGGCAACCACGGGAACUUCUGAAGGUUUUUAAACACACACUCCCUCCCAAGGUAUUUGAGAUGCUGUUACAUAAAAUUCCCCUGAUUUGCCAGCAAUUUGAGGCAGACAUGAAUGAACAGGAAUACUUGGAAGAUGAUCCUGAUUGAAAAAACACUUCAACGUAUCCACAGUCCAGUCAGAAUACUAUAUUAUGAUAUAGCAUAAACAACUGUGCAGUGAUAUUUCCAUUUAUUUAACUUUUAGAAAUAAAAAUUUUUUCUAUCUCA